CGUUUCUCCGGUUCUAAAUAAACUCCUGUUUGUCUUGAAGAAUUGCAAUCGCAGAAGAAUGAAUUAUGUGUUCAGUGAGAUCUGACAUCACUUAAAGGUUUUGGGCUGCAGCUUGAUCAGAGUCGAUGAGAUGCUGGCGUGAGGGGUGACACUGGUUUUGUCUCCUCCCUGAGGUCCAGGGAGCCAGGAUGCAGGGGGCCAUAGCACGGGUGGUGGUGGCAGCGGCCAUCUUGAACCAUCCGCUGCUGUUCCCGCAGGAGAACACCACCCUCCCAGAGCAGGAUGAGGCCCUGCUGGCCCGCAUGAGGGAGCAUGAGAAGAGGCUGGAGCUGGAGCAGGCACGGCUGGAGCAGGAGCUCUUGUAUGCAGGCACGGAGCAGCAGGACCCUGGCUCAGAGGACGGCUACGGCUGGUACUUCUGGAGCGCCCUCUCACUGGUCAUCUUCUUCACUAUUGAGGUGUGUCGGCAGGAUUUGGCAGACAUGGAAGCCCGAUACGCUGAUGAUGAGGAUGGGUUUGUUGAGGGUGGAUCCAUCAGUUCCAAGACACUCCAGCUCGAUAAGGGAGUCCUAAACAGCUUCUGUGAGAGAUGCAUCCACACCUCGGCCCAUGAGAACUGGAGGGUGCGGGAAUUUGUGGAGGGCUUCGCUGACGACCUGCUGGAGUCCCUGAGGAGUGUGUGUGACAGGGAGACUGACAUGGAGGUGGCGGACUUUGUGGGCAUUGGGAGCAUGUUUGAGUCGUGGAGGGUGAGCAAGCCCCUGAUGUGUGAUCUCAUUGUCCCUUUCGCCCCACCGGAGCCAUACUCCUUCCAGUUCCAGCUGUGGUGCAGCCCCUCCAGUGACGUACCCCUGGACAUGCAGGGCUGUGGCAGGAUCAAGGUGACAAAGGUUGGGGAGAAUGAGGACGGCUGUCUCUGUGGCUCUGCCAACCUGGGUGAGGACAUGCUGUGCUUGCUACACAGCAAAAACGAAAAGCCCAGAGCAGACCACACCCCGGAUGACCUUCUGUGCUCCAAGAACACACCUUAUCUGGCUAAGGACCAGGUCAUGAAGUGGUUCCAGAUCUCCGUGACCAAAGCCUGGGGACGGAUUUCUCACAAGUACGAGUUUGAGCUCACUUUCCGCAACCUGGAUGCUACUGGAGCACUGAAGGUCAGAUUCCGCUCAGGAAAGGUUGUUGUGAUGAACAUCAUCCCCGUUGUGGAACUAGAUGGCACAAAUGCCUACUUUGUAUCACACUUCCCCUCUGACAGCAGCACCUCCUCAGACACUUACUGGCCCCUCUCCUUUGCUGUCUAUGAGAGGAACCUGCUCAAACAUGUGGCUAAAAGCCUGCCUGAAAAUUCCUGCCACCUCCACUGCCUUCAGAUCAUCACUUUCCUACACAAGAAACAGAUGGGUCUAACUGGCAGGUGUGCUCUGACCAACUAUCACCUGAAGACGACCCUGCUGCACCUGUUGUUGAGUAAGGGCUCGUCUAGCUGGGGCUCUGAGAGUCUGGAGCACAGGCUACGGGACAUGCUAGGCUUCCUUCACAGGAGUCUUCAGGAGAAGAGACUCUGUCACGCUCUGGUUGGGAACAGCCAAGUUCCACCAGAAGUCCGGGUUCCGGCAACAUUCCACACGGCGGAGCCCAUCAAUCUUUUCCGGCCACUGGUGUUACAGAGAGAGCUUUACGCUGACACGCUUCGGCAUUUCCAGGAGAUGCUCAGGAACGCUCCUGUUCUGAUUCAGGAGUACACGCCUCUGUUACAAAAUGGCGACACUCACCACAGACUCAACUCAAUGGCACAGUCUGAGUAAUGGACUCUGUUUUAAUGCACUGCAGUGAGUGGAGGCAUCCUUAAUAAUAAUAAUAAUAAUUAACAAAUGUAUGUUACAGCUUUAAGACAUUUCUCUAGGCACUGAAAAGACAGGUGAACAAUUUUUUUUGUUAUUUUGAAAUGGACUUUGUGGUUGGUGGUUUUAUUUGAAAGCAGCUUCUAAAAACACUCAAGGAAGUUACCAAAGCGUGUUCUUAGUAACAGUACUGUAACUGCUAUUUCAAUAUAGCUGUUUCACAAGUGCAAUUAUAUUUUACGGAAUGAAGGUUUACAAAAACUGUUUUCCCCUCACAAAAUUAGAGCAGUAUAUUUUGAUAUGAAGAAUAAGUAUUAUUUUUGUAUUCUAGAGAAGACCACAUCAUACUUUGUAGUAUGUGUGUUUUUAUGAUGCAGUAUUAUGCAGUACUUGUCAACAAUUGCUAUUUGACAUGAAGGGAUAUUCAUUUUGUAAACCGUGCAACAGUUUGAAAAUACCAACUGAAGACUCCGUUACACGUCUUGGCUGUCAUUCACCAAAGGAUAAGAAUGUCAGCAAAGAUAUUCCGUUGAAAUUCCGUUACAAUGGCUACAUGAGGAACAUAAGAAUUUUAGAAAUUCCUUUCAGCAUGACAAUCUUAGAAAUUACACACAACAUGUACACAGCAGAUGUUGUAAGGUGGUGCUAACUAAUUGAAGGAAAAAUUCCCCUCUGUUUAAGUUCAGUCUUAGGUUCACGUAUAAUUAAAUGGCAAAUAGACAACAUAUGGUUUGAGAUGGUGGAAUGCACUCAUAAAAAUGUCAUUUGUAUACAGGUGUGUGUAUAUGUAUGUGUGUAUAUACAUAUUUUUUUUAUUUAUUAAAAGAAAAUGUAUAUUUUGUAGUAUUACCCGUAUCUCUCAUACCCAUUGUAACUUGCCUACUUUUAACAGCGUAUGUUUUUUUAUUCAUAAAUGUUGAAGGACUAUCUAUUAUUGUGUUGUGAGUAAUGACAUUGAUUUUUCUACACAUGGACAUACAAGAUAGUGGCAGUGCUCCACAUUCUAUUCACAGACCUGUCCAAGUACAGUAUAGGUUUAUAAAUAUAUAAAAACACUG